UACUGUUUGUCGGAAACACUCAUGUGGCUUUAACUGUCUUCAACUCUUAGGAAGACCUGAAGCUGUGGUUGGGACUUGAUUGAUGGUUUCUUUCAUGACGCUCCCCAAGGCGUUGCUUCUUCUCCUGCUCACGUCGCCAAUUCUUACCGUCUCGGUCGCUCUUCCCUCCUCCAAGAAUGACCCAUUUCGCGCUAUCGUUCUCGUACAUCAUAAGCGCCAACCUGAACCGCCUCUGUGCUGCCUGACACCACCUCCGUCAAUAGAACCGCCAGAUGAUGUCGAGGAUGUCCUGCUCUCGUUUGAGGAGUGGAAGUCCAAACAACUUCAGUCUCAAUCCCAGCCCCAGUCGCAGACACAGCCUCAGGCGACUGCUCAUCCUAAAAUUGAUGCUUUAGAGCACAUGGAGUCGAGUACAACCCACGAAGCCGAUGUCGCUGUGCCAGACCCGUCUACAUACCUCCAGGAGACAGAACUUUCCCCACAUUUCAGGGUACCUAUCACCGACCGCUUCAACUAUGCAAACCUGGACUGCUCUGCACGCGUACACACUUCCCAUCGGUCUGCCAGGUCUCCUUCGUCCAUUCUAUCAUCAAAGAAAGACAAAUAUAUGCUUUCACCAUGUUCUUCAGGCAAGGAGGAGCAGUUCGUGGUUGUAGAGUUGUGUGAGGAUAUCAGAAUCGACACCGUGCAACUCGCAAACUUCGAGUUUUUCAGUGGGGUGUUCAAGGAUUUUUCAGUCAAGGUCGCAAAGACCUACACGACGUCCGAUGACGGGUGGGUGCUGGCGGGCACCUACAAGGGGAAGAAUAUUCGCGGUGUACAGUCCUUCCACACCCCAACUACCCUGCGCGACUUCUACAGGUACAUCCGGGUUGACUUCCACUCACACUACGGACAUGAGUAUUACUGUCCUGUCUCCCUUCUCAGGGUUUACGGCCUCACCCAUCUUGAACAAUGGAAGUGGGAUAUCUGGGAAGAAGAGAGUCAUGCACUCGCCCGAGCUCAAGUUCAAGCCUUUUCCUCCAUUGCGGAGCCCCUACCCAUAAGUUCUGGGGGAUCUGAACUCAACAAGUUUAUGGACGAGCUUGAGGCUCGGAAUAUACCUUCUACAUAUCCUCUUGAUGCCGCGCAUCCAACAAUCAAGGCGCCGUCUACAUCACAUACGAGUCUAAGUAACUCUCGGGCAUCCAAUGCGGUGAACCGGACGUCCAGCUCACUCAGCUCUUCUUGUCAAACCAAGGCAUCCGGAAGGCCACAAGCCGCAGUGUCUUCCUCAGCCAUUAUCCUUACGGACUCUGCCAUCAUGCAGCAGCCUACCUCGUCCCCUCCCUCUAAACUCAAAUCUGUAUCAAGUUCCGAGACAAGUACUACAUCUUCUCUCGACACUUCUGUAUCCUCCGUCUCGUCUAAUGAGAGCUCGUCCGCCCACUCCCCUGAUUUAAUCUCUCCCGAAGUCCCACACACCUCCAGUAUUGAAACAUCUUUAUCACAAUCUUCACCAUCACCAUCUCAUCAUGUCCCAUCUGCGAACACGAUGUCAACGGCAUUGCCAACACCUCCACUGGUCGGAUCAAGUGGAGAGUCAAUAUAUCGGACAAUUAUGACUCGACUGACUCUCCUGGAGGCAAAUCAUAGCCUUUAUGCGCGUUAUGUGGAAGAGCAAACUGCUGGCGUACGCGAGGUACUCAGGAGGCUUGGUGAGGAUGCUGGCAGGUUGGAGAGUGUCAGUCGCAUACAAGCACAAAUGUAUCAGCGCACAGUACACGAAUGGGAGAGGCAGCGGCUUCGCCUGGAGUUCGAGCAUGGUGAAUUGCUCUCGCGAGUAAAUUAUCUUGCUGAAGAGGUCACUCUUGAAAAGCGUCUUGGCAUUGCACAACUUUGCCUACUUCUGGCAGUACUUGUAUUUAUGGGUUUAACCAGGGGUGCACCGUCCAUAGAGCACCCUCAACUCAGUUCCGCAAAAGAAUGGGGCCGGCGCAACUUAAGCUUUGCUAGCAGUAACAACGAACAUACCUGGAAUAAUUUGAAGCUUCGAAGUCGCAGUCCUCCUGCGGUUCCUGUUGACAAGAGGUCGGCAACUGUAAAGGAUCAUUCUUCAGGCCUGAAUUCUCGUGUAGACUUUCCGUCUCACCGAACACAGCGGUCCUCCGAUCACGACACCAUUGCACGCCGACCACCGCAUUUCACUACCUUGGCAGAUAAACGUUCCACUCCGCGCGGAUCCACCACGACAAAGCGGUCCGGCACUCCACUCGCCAAUUUUGCCCUCCGCACCCCCACCCGCCGCAUACCUGCCUCCAUCUCCACAGAGAUAUCCACACUCCCUCGAGCCCAUAUGGUGCGAACGAACUCGCAUUCAUCUACAGGGCUCAUCAUCCCUAAGUCUGUCAAACGCUUGGCACGGACAGCGCACCUGCACGAAGUCAAAGGCUCGCUCAGCCGAAGGGAGAGCCAGAACUCAAAGCCUGCAGAACGGGAAAAUGACGACGACGGAGACGUAUUCCGUGUCCCUCCUGUGAAGACGCAUCAUUAUUCGCGGCAUCUAUCGAGCCCUCGACAGCCGCUCUUCCCGCUCGGCCUCUCACGUCAACCAAAGGACGUGAUGGCAGGAGAUACCAAUGACGCUGAUGCGUGGGUUGAUACCGAUCUUGAAGGAGGGUCCGAAUGUUCGGAAUUGGCUGCGUUCGAUCCCUCCUUUUGAUACAACGAUCUUCUGAUGGACCUUCGAGAUUCGAAGCUGUACGUUAGGGAAGGACCACAUUUGCAUAUACCAUAGAUAUCGUCAUAGCAUCGCCGUAGCUGAGCGUUAGCGCUGAUGACGCAUACACGUCUUCACAGCCCAUCGGACUCGUGAUUUUGAAUACAGCCUUGGUUUCAACUUGUACGAAACCAAUCCUUCAUAGUCGC